AUGUUACGACCGGCUGCCUCGCCCUGGAGGAUCUUCUCGCCCACAUCCGCCGCUGCCAUACGGCGGACGCCCGUGGCUGCGCGAUGCAUCAACAUAUCAGCCACCAGCUCGUCAAAUGAGUCCGCGCUGCAGCAGGCAGUCAGUGUUGAGGGCACCGCGACGCCCAUGCACACACCAGACGCCCGAUUCGAAGUCAUUGGCACCCCAUUCUCCCUCCUCUCCGUCUCCCUCUCCGCCUCACAGACGCUCUACACCCGCCGCGGCACACUCGUCGGCCUCAGCGGAAAGUCGGAAAACACGCUAUCAACCCUCUCCUUCCUCGAGCCCCUCCAGAGGGCCCCCGUCGGCAUCCCCUUCCUCUACCAGAAAGUGUCUUCGACGAGCCCCGUCACAGCUCUCGUCUCCACAAAGGCACCCAUAUCGAGUAUCGUCUCGGUCAACAUGGACGGAAGGGAUGAUUGGAUUGUUAGCCAACGAAAUGCGUUGCUUGCAUGGACCGGCCACACUCUCAAGUUGAAGCCGCAGUACAAUGUAAAGUUGGGGCUGGCACACUGGGGAAACACAUAUAUCACAGGCAGGGGAUUACUUGCGCUUGCAGGAAGCGGGCAAAUAUAUCAGGUCCAGGUCAAGGCUGGCGAAAGCUAUGUUGCGCAUCCCAGCAACGUCGUAGCGUACACAGCCUCCAACACCCCACCAAUCCCUUUCAGGUUCAAGUCGUCGAACCUCCGCUUCCAAGUGCCAGACCUUGGCUUUGGCUCAAUGGUCCAGAACACAAAGUUCUUCCGAACCAUGAGCAAGACAGGCACAUGGCGGGCUCUGGCAACCACAUAUUACACUCUCAAGACAUGGUUGCGGAGAACAGUCUGGGGCGAUAGGUUAUUCCUCCGUUUCGAAGGCCCAACCACCAUGCUCAUCCAGUCCCGCGCUUCCCGAAUCAGCGACGUUCUUACCCUGAGAAACGUCGAUGAAAUCGCGGACAGCCCACCAGGCGCCGUUGAAGACGCCGCCACGCGCAAGAUCAAAGAGGAGAUCAAGUCAAUAGGAGAGGGCACAAAAGCACCGAUACCCAACACAGAUGCGUCGGGCACAAUACGGUAUGCCACCGUGAAAGAUGGCAAAGCUGAGUUUGAGAAGCCCAAGGUAGAGGAGGUGAAGAUUCAGAAGAUGCAGACCCAGCCGAAUCAUUUGAGCAACGAUCAUGUCCUCGCCAAAGACGAAACUGCGCAAGACAUGACGGAGAUCGAAGCAAAGUUAUCCAUUCCAAGUACAGAAAUAGCUGUUCCAUACACAGUCUUCACCAAGGCCGAGCGGCGCAUGAUUACCUGGUUGAUCGGAUGCAGCAUGUUUUUCUCACCAUUCACAGCCAACAUCUACUUUCCAUGUCUUGAAGAACUCCAACACGCUGUGGGCGUCAGUGCCAGUCUAAUCAACCUUACCAUCACGACAUACCUCAUUGUUCAAGCAAUCGCACCAGCAUUCUGUGGAGACUUGGCCGACAAUCUCGGACGACGACCUGUGUACCUCAUCACUUUCGCUAUAUACGUCUGCGCAAACCUGGGUCUCGCUCUUCAGCAGAACUAUGCUGCUCUGAUGGUCCUGCGUGGCGUCCAGAGUUUCGGCUGCUCCGCAACGGUAGCUAUCGGGUACGGAGUCAUUGCCGAUGUAGCGACGCCAGCUACUCGGGGAAGCAUGUUAGGGCCUGCAAUGAUUGCGACAAACCUCGGUCCAAGUAUAGGCCCUCUAGUCGGUGGUGUAAUGGCAUCAAGAACUGGAUACAGAUGGGUGUUCUGGUUGCUAGUCAUUAUUGGAGCUGCCUUUCUGGCCGUUUUAAGCCUCGUCUUCCCUGAGACUGGGCGCAACGUCGUGGGAAACGGCGGUAUUGCAGCACCCAAAUGGAACAGGCCUUUGUUGCAGUCAAGCCGGCAGCGACAGUUGACAGCACCCAACGAGCCGAGGGCUUGGAAGAAGAGGAGCCUCAUACCCAACCCUUUCAAAGCUCUGCUGGUCUGCUUUCAUCGGGACACUGCAGCGGUUCUUUCCAUCAGUGCCGUCUACUACGCUGCUUACUACUGCAUCCAAGCCUCUAUCCCUGCCAUCUUCACAGAAAUUUACGAUCUCGAUGAGCUCCAAGUUGGUCUAUGCUACUUUUCCAUAGGGACUGGCGUCAUCCUUGGUGGUUACAUCAAUGGGAAACUAAUGGACCACAACUACCGCUUUACAGCCAAGGCGAACAACAUCACGGUCGACAAGGUCGCUGGCGACGAUCUGGUCAAAUUUCCCAUCGAGAAGGCACGCUCUCGAUUGUCGUGGCUUCUGAUUCCGACAUCGACUGCAGUCAUUGUGGGGUAUGGAUGGGUCUUGCGCGAAGAAAUUGUAUGCCACCUCCACUACCCACGGUUGAAAAACUGA